AUGUCAGAAACUAAGGGAAUUCAGCCGGAACAUGGUGUUGUCUUUGGUGAAAAGGAUCCCGAAGUGCACGUGGGGGUCCAAGGGCAGUAUGAGAAUGAUGCAGAUGCAUAUACAGAGCCAAAGAGGACUUGGAGAUCAUACUUCUGGUCGACCCUUGAUGUUCCAAAAGACGAAGCGCGAUUCCUCACGAAACUCGACCUUACGCUUGUUUCAGCAUCCGCCCUGGGCGUGAUGUGUCGCUACCUUGACCAGGUCAAUAUCACCAAUGCCUUUAACAGCGGCAUGAAAGAAGAUCUUUCGCUUUACGGAAAGGAGCUGAACUACGCAAACGCCAUAUGGAGCGCUGCAUAUGUUUUUGGCCAGGUUCCGUCUAAUCUUUUGCUCACUCGAGUUAAUGCGCCGCUUUACAUUGCGUUCCUCGAGUUUGCCUGGACUGUCUUCACCUUCGCCACUGCUGCGGUCAAAGAUGUGAAACAGCUUUAUGUGUUCCGUUUUUUUGUUGGUCUGUUCGAGGCUGGUCACUUCCCAGCCGUGAUGUACGUGUGCUCCAGCUACUACAAGCCCCACGAGCUGGCUCGACGCAAUACGUUGAUCCAAAUCUUUACCUCUGUCGGCCCUCUCUUUUCAGGCUUCCUCAUGGCGGCUGUGCAUGCCGGUCUUGACGGAGCCAAUGGCCUGCCUGGUUGGCGAUGGAUGUACAUUGUCUGUGGCUGCAUCUCGCUUCCCUGCGCAAUCUGGACAGCGUUUGCAAUGCCCCAGCUACCUUCGCGCGCGAAAGCCAAUUGGAUCUUCACGGAGAAAGAAGUUGAGUUGGCCCGCGCCAGGAUGCCCACUGAGAUCAAGCCCCUCACUGGUCUCUUCAAAUGGAAAGACAUCCAACGCUGGCACACCACAUGGCACGUGUAUCUUUUUCCACUAUUCUUUGCAUUUGCCUCGCAACUGGGCCAGUCUGGGGGUUCAAUGAUAUUCUGGGUCAAGAGUUACAAUGUACCAGGCAAAUCGCCCGUAUUCUCAGUGGCCGAGAUAAACAUCAUUCCACUGGGUAUCAAUAUCAUCAUGAUUGUCUGUACUCUCGUCAAUUCUUGGAUCUCGGAUAGCCUGCCAGGCUCAGCAAGAUGGCCAGGCAUGCUAUUUGCUAGCAUGAUGGCUAUCAUCUUCCCGGCCGCACUAGCCGCCACACCGGUCCAUCCUCCGAACAUUGCGACUCGCUGGACUUUGUAUUAUCUGACCGCACUCUCUGGGACCUGUGCAGGUCUUACUUGGACCUGGGUGAACGAAGCAAACCGCCACGACCCUGAGAAGCGAGCGUACGUGUCCGCCUUGAUGAACGCGUUUGCGUACAUCUUCACCGCCUGGGUCCCAAUUUUCACGUUCCCGGCCAAUCUCCAGCCAUAUAUCGUCUCUGGUAAUUACAUCACAGCAGGCUUUGGAGCCGCGGCAGCGGUGACCGUUUUCGCAAUCCGUCACUUCUACAAUCAGGAUCUCGUGAGGCAGCAGAUUCUAAAGAAGUAG